UAUAUAUAAUCAAGAUAGAUAGAUACACAAUCACACAAACCAGCAGGACUUUAAAAUCACUUCUUUAACAACAACAAUGUUUCUGCAACUUGCACCUUACAUGAUCGUUUUGAUCAUAGUCUCCAUGUCUCCAUUGGCAUCUGCACAACUAGAUUAUCCAGACACGGUGAAUCCCGAUUGUAAUUCAAGAUGUGGAGGAGUAAGGAUCGCCUACCCUUUCGGAAUGGGGGAUCCAACGUGCUACGCAGACAAAUGGUUCGAAAUAGAAUGCAGAAACACCUCUCGACAAGGUUCAAAACCGUACCUGAAAUCGAUAAACCUGGAGAUAAGUAACAUCGAUUCAGGAUCAAGUUACUUGCACAUCAUGAACCCUGUUUUCCGGUGGAACUGCAACAAGAGCAGUGAUGCUAAGCCAGAGGUGAAUCUCACAGGAAGCCCUUUCGUGUAUUCCAAGGAUCGCAACAAGUUCACCGCCAUCGGCUGCAACAAGAUGGCAUAUUUGCAAUCGAACGGAUCCAAAGUUAGCGGUUGCGUCUCCCUCUGUGAUCAGUAUGAUGACAGAGAGGCGAGCAUCAACAUGGCCAACGACGGUUGUCUUGGGAGGCUCUGCUGUGAGACUUCGCUUCCAUCGUUCCUGGUGGAAUUCAACGUGACGCUUGAAGAUAUGAAGAGUGGUGGUGAUGGUGAUGGUGAUGGUGAUCGGUGCAGUCAAGCUUUGAUUGGAACAAGGAAUUGGAACAGGGUAUACUUGGGGUCUGAUAACGAGUAUCGAAGCAUUCUUGACCUGGAUGAGGAUUAUGUUCCAGCAAUACUUUCAUGGGCCGUUUUCAACUCGUCAUCGUUCAAGCGACCUUCAGAUGCUAACUGCACAGAUGGUAGCUUGACUUUUCUUGCUACCAAUAGAGUCCCAGGUUGGAUUUGUGAGUGCUACAUCGGCUUCUAUGGCAAUCCCUACAUUGAUCAUGGUUGUAUUGCUUCACAGGGGAACUUCAACAAGAAUAAUCGGGCGAAGAAGUGGGCAAUAGUAGGAAUUUCAUCAGGUCUCGGAUCCAUCAUUUUCAUCCUUGGUCUGUGGUUCUUGAAUAAAGUUGUGAGGAAAAGAAUGAAAGAGAAACUCAAACAAAAAUUCUUCAAGAAAAAUGGUGGUUUGUUGUUGAAACAAAGAAUGUCCUCUGGAGAAGUUAAUGUUGACAAAGGAAUACUCUUCAGCCUGAGAGAUUUAAAGAAGGCCACUGACAACUUCAACACGAACAGAGUUCUAGGAAAGGGAGGCCAAGGUACCGUUUACAAAGGCAUGUUAGUAGAUGGUAGAAUCAUUGCAGUGAAAAAGUUUAAGGUGGAAGGGAACAUUGAAGAAUUCAUCAACGAGUUUGUCAUUCUUUCACAAAUUAACAACAGAAAUGUGGUCAAGUUACUAGGAUGUUGUUUGGAAACAGAAAUUCCCCUGCUUAUUUAUGAGUUCAUUCCAAAUGGUAAUCUUUUCCAGUAUUUGCAUGAUCAAAAUAAGGACUUAAAAGUGACUUGGGACAUGCGUUUGAGAAUUGCCACUGAAAUUGCAGGAGCUUUGUUUUACUUGCAUUCAGUUGCAUCUCAACCCAUUUAUCACAGAGAUGUCAAAUCAACAAAUAUAUUGCUGGAUGAAAAGUACAGGGCAAAGUUAGCUGAUUUUGGAGCCUCUAGGAUAAUUUCUGUUGAAGCUACUCACCUCACCACAGUAGUUCAAGGAACUUUUGGAUACUUGGACCCUGAAUAUUUUCAUACUAGUCAAUUUACAGAAAAGAGUGAUGUUUAUAGCUUUGGAGUGGUUCUUGCUGAACUUUUAACUGGUCAGAAGGCAGUGUCCUUUGCAAGACCCGGGGAAUCCAAGAAUUUAGCUUCAUAUUUUGUUCAGUGCAUGGAAGAGAAUAGUCUUUUUGAUAUUGUUGACAAAAGAAUCACAAAGGAGGGGAAAAGGGAACAUGUCAUAGCAGUUGCUAACCUUGUGAAGAGAUGCUUAGAGUUGAAUGGGAGAAGAAGACCAACUAUGAAAGAAGUCACAUUAGAAUUGGAAGAGAUUCGAAAAUUAGAGAGGAAGUCUAGUAAUGCAGAACAAAAUCAUGAAGAAGCUGAGGUUGUUGGAAUUGAAGACUACCAACAACCUUGGACUGGAUAUUCUACAACAUCAAAUUCAUUUCCAACUCUAAGCAGUGGAACACACUCUCCAAACUUCGAGACUAUGCAUAUUGUUGCAUUAGAAUAAUUGAUGAAUUUUCUUAAUUUUGUUCUCCAUGUGUAAAAGGAAAUUGUUUGGUUGGAUAUAUUCAGCUAACCACCAAAGACAUUUGUGUUUAGUAAAACAUAGCUAAGGAAUCAUCAUCGGGUGCGUCUCUUCGCUCUUUUACCAUGAUUGGCUUUUUUUAUUCUUUUUCCAUUAUGCUCAGGUUGGCGAAGUGGGUGCACAUCUUCG